AUGUUUCCGUUGCUAAGGAGACGAUCGGACAUCUCCCCCCUCCUCCGGCUGGCGGCGGCGAGGGGGAUCGCCUCCGCCGCCGGCGCCGUCCUCCCCGAUGGCGUUGACAGGAACUCCGAGGCAUUCGUCUCCAAUUCCUCCGCCGUGAAGGAUCUCCUCUCCGAACUGCGCUCCCACAUCGAAAAGGCUGGUACAAUUCCCCUCUUUCCUUGCGAUCUUCGGGGGAGCCUAGUCGGCUGAUGGAUCUGCCGCGGUGUGUGGUUUUCAGGUCCUCGGUGGCGGCGGCGUUGAGGCUGUCCGGAGGAAUAGGAGCCGGAGUAAGUUGCUGCCCAGGGAGCGCAUCGACCGGCUCCUCGAUCCCGGAUCGUCGUUUCUAGAGCUGUCGCAGGUUGGAUCCAAAUUUUUUCUUUUUUUGAUGUCGAGUACUGCGUCCGAAGUUCUCUUAUGGGUUAGAGUUUUGGCUUCGUCGCCCCUCAGGAAUAUGCGGUCAGUAGUUCAUUUCAUAUCCUGGUUACUUGUGUUGAUGACUUUCAUCCCUGAAUUGACGCUUACAUUGGAACAUUACAUUGUGGAAUAAAAAAAAGUUAUGGAAAACCCCAGGAGUGGGAAACGGUGGGAACAUGAUAGCCCCGGCAAGGAAUGGGUACAGAGGCACAUAUACGGUGAUGAUCUACAAGAGGACGAGCGUUGGAAUCUACUGGUGGAUUUUAGUGGCAAUGCGGUACGGAUGUGUGGUGGGAAUGUGAACGAGCGGUAUAAGUAUUGUGGACACAUCCACACAAGUAUGUGAGUCCCUCCCUGCAUGGUGAGGAGUCAGUGUAGAGUCUUGGAAGAUGUUUCAAUAUUACACUUGACAUCCUCAAUAACGAGAUUAUUCUUUCUAUAAGGUUUCACAUAUUUUAGUUAUAUUUAGUAGGCCAUAAGUCUUCCUGUGCACUAAAAUGUGUUGGCCACAAGCAAACGCCAAAGUGAGUCAGUCAAAGACAGUCCAUUUGCUGAAUACUUGAGCAGACCGCCCCCAUUCUUGAAAUCUACCUUGGAACCAUGGAUGAAGCCUUAAGUCGGAUUAUUGCUCGUAGUCCCUUUUUUAGGUCGUCUAAGGCCCAUUAUUUUUUUCCUUUUUUGUGCAGAGAUGAUCAUACCACGGAUGAAAAUAAAACAAUAUAAUGAAAUUUAUCAGGGAUCGGACUUCCCCCUAAAUGGAAAGAUAAAUACAUACUUCUCAAGGAAAGUUUCUUUUUGAGUAUGAUCCAACAAGGUGAUAGAUCAGGAAACUUGGAUGUUAUGACCUUUCUUCAUAGUUUUCUUAAGAAAUGGAAUAAAGCGAGCAUAGUCUAUAAUGUCUGGAUUAUGCAUUAAUUGAGGUCCACUAUUUGAACACAUGAACCAAUGAAGAUCGCAAAUCCUUAUGUUCUUUUAUUGCACAACGUGGAAAUUCUCCAUUUGUUCUAUUAGAGCAGCAUAAUUUCCAACACAGUCCCACAUACCAUAUUCUGGUAUCGUUUUCUUUCUGUUGCUGUUCUUUGAUGUGGAUCUUACUCGUGCAAACUCAUUUACUCUCUCUUCUAUGCCUUUCCAAAAUACAUGGAAUGAGAUCAUGGCAAGGUUCUUUUUGUAGUCAAUAGGUUUAAAUUUUCUUCAGAAUUUUGAUCCUUUAUUUCUGUGUUUGUAUCAUAGAUUAAUUGUGCAUGGCCUGGACUCUUUUUUUUUCGUAUUUUUGGUUGUGUAUGCCUUUAUUUAUAAUUUUUUAUUUCGUCUCUGAAGCUCGCAGGCCAUGAACUCUAUGAUGAAUACUUGGCUUCUGGGGGAAUUAUCACUGGAAUAGGCCCAGUUCAUGGGCGCCUAUGUAUGUUUGUGGCCAAUGACCCUACAGUGAAGGGAGGAACGUAUUAUCCUGUCACUGUUAAGAAACAUCUGAGGGCUCAAGAAAUUGCUUCUCAGUGCAACUUACCAUGCAUAUAUCUUGUAGACAGUGGAGGUGCUAAUCUUCCUAGGCAAGCUGAUGUCUUUCCUGAUAAAGAUAAUUUUGGCAGAAUAUUUUACAACCAAGCACAACUGUCUGCUCAAGGAAUUCCUCAGAUUGCUCUUGUCAUGGGAUCUUGCACUGCAGGAGGUGCUUAUAUACCUGCAAUGGCUGAUGAAAGUGUCAUUGUUAAAGGUAACGGUACUAUAUUUCUCGCAGGACCUCCUCUUGUUAAGGUUAGAUACUGCCCUUUCCUCCUUGUGGUUACAUAUUUUGCACAGGGUACAUGACACAUAGGUUUGUGGACCAGUUCAGAAUAUUUUCUAAAUAAAGGGUAUUUUGGUAGGCCGCUACUGGAGAGGAGGUAUCUGCAGAGGAUUUGGGAGGUGCAUCCUUGCACUGUAAAGUUUCAGGAGUUUCAGACCAUUAUGCUAAUGGUAUGCAUCAAACUACUCACUGUCUUAUUAUUUCCUCGAAUAUGAUUUUGGUUUCCAGCAAUCUGUCACAACUCAUGCUGAAUGGUUGUGUAUCUCGGAAGAAAUAGAUUGCCCAUCUCCAUUUGUCUUUUUUCGGUUGGCAUUGGUGGCUCGUAGAUACAAACAGAUGGUGUUUCUCGUUCCCUGCACCCCCCCCCGUGUCCCACCUUUCCCUUUUUUUCUGGGGUGGGGGGUAGGGGUUUAUUGUCAUGAAUAUAACACAUUUAAGUGUCAUCCAGGUUUGGUUUUCCUGUAGUUGUGACUUUUUUUUUUUUUUUCAGAGUUUUUUAAUAUCUAGUAUGUGACUCAAUGAGAUUCUAUCUGAUAGUUUACUUUCUCUUUUCAAUUCUGAUUUCUGGAAUUCCAUAAUGCAUGCUAAUCCCCCAAAUCUGAUGCACCUCUUAUUGUGAACUGUUGUUUUUUUUUUUUUAACCUGUGCAUCAUCUUGGUUGAAAUCCUGUUCUGAUUGUAGAUGAACUACAUGGCCUGGUUAUUGGGAGGAACAUUGUCAAUAACCUUCAUAUGGCUGGGGAUAAUCUUUUGAGAAAAAGCGUCUUUAAUCCUUCCAUUGACAUCAAAGAUCCACUCUAUGACAUUAAUGAACUGAGAUCGAUAGCCUCCACUGACCAGAGGCGGUCAUUUGACAUUCGGUCAGUUAUUGCUCGUAUAGUUGAUGGUAGUGAGUUCAAUGAAUUCAAGAAGCUGUAUGGAACGGUAAGGCUUUGAACUUAUCAGUUACACAAGCUGGAGUAUUGUUUCAGAUCGUCUUUUUGACAUUAUAUUUCCAGACACUUGUCACAGGAUUUGCUAGGAUCUAUGGGCAACCUGUUGGCAUAAUUGGAAACAAUGGAAUAUUAUUUUGUGAAUCUGCUUUGAAAGGAUGCCACUUCAUUGAGUUAUGUGCUCAGCGUAACAUUCCUUUGAUAUUUCUUCAGAACAUUACAGGAUUUAUGGUAAGAUAUUAAUGCUCAUGUUUAGUUCUUUUAUAUAUUUGGGGGUUUUCUUUUCUUGUUUUCCUUAAGGUCAGAAAACCUUUGUUUUGUAAAUCAACCUGAGGGAGAAUUUUCAUUCUAUCAAAGAAAUAAUACUGUGAGAAAUAUUUUCACGCCUUUCCUUAAGAACUCUCUGGUUCUGUUGAUUUUUCAACAUUUUCUUAUUUUGUAGUCAUUUCUUUCUAGGUUGGAGCAAAAUCUGAGGCAAAUGGGAUCGCAAAAGCUGGAGCAAAGAUGGUGAUGGCAGUGGCCUGCGCAAAGGUUCUGUACUCAUUUUCUAUUGAUUUAGCUUGAGAAUAGCCUCUGAGGGGUAUCUGAAUAAAUCCCUAAUCUAUUUAUGCCGAACUCGUUUGUCUCUAGUCGCUAAUUUUGAAUCUCAAGUUUCUGUUGAUAUUCAAGUUAUCAUAGAGAACUGUUUAUUGGUAUUUCCACGGUAAGAAUUUUAUGCAAAGCCUUAUGGCUGUGCAAAAAACCUCAUUGUUGUUAUUGUUUCAAGGGAUGCAUGGUGUUUAAAGGACUAGAAGAGAAUGCUUUUAUUUAAGUUCAUAGGAGACUUGUUUAUUGUGCAUAAUAAUACGUAGCACUUUAUUUUCGAGCUUACUAAGCUUGCGAGCCAAUUGGCCAUCCUAUCAAAGAAUUCUUGUAGAGAAUUUCACCAUCAAAUAAUUUAAUAUUUUUUGAAUAUGCUGGGUCCACAUCAUUUUCAUUUGGCAGUCAUACAAAAAAAGUUGUUCACGGUAUUGUUCCUGAUAAAUUUGGGAAUCUAUCAUCCAUGCUCUGUCUUUGUUUGGGAAAUUUGCCCUCACUUUUGUUUUGGCUGCUGAAAUUCUCUGUUCUUGAUAGAAAACAUAUCUGAUGAACCGAACAUCACAGCCCAAAUGGGAAAGCUAGUGUACCAGAUAUCACUCAACCAUUUAGAAUUGCAACGAGAAGUUGAAUAGUCGGCAUUGAAAAAUGAGAGGCCCAUUCCCUCCAUUGAAUUCUUUCGACCCUCAUUCGUACCUCAGUUCAUUGAGGAUCCUGGUAGAUAAUUUCAUCAGAUCAUAGCACGAUACUAUGUAUAUUUAUAGUGAUAAAAGAAUGAAAGGCCCAUUUCCUCUGUAAAAUUAUGUCAAGCUUCAUGCAUUCCUCAGUUCAUAGCAGAUGCAUUAUAGAUAAUUCCAUUGCAUUAUAGUACAGCACUAUAUAAUUAAUAGUUGUUAAAAAAAUUAAGGCCCAUCCCAUCUGUAGAAAGAAUUCGUUACAGCCUCAUCAUUCCUCCGUUCAUAGCAGAUGUAAUGUGAAUAAUUAAGAGGAUAUGGUAAAUAUAAUUUAUAAUUAACAGUGAUAAGAAAAAGAAUUGAAAGGCCCAUUCCCUAUGUGAAAAAAAUUAUUUACAGCUUCAUCAUUUACCAGUUCAUUGCUGAUGCAUUGCGAAUAAUUUAGGAGUAUCAGGGUACAAUAUUAUGUAUGUUUAUAGUGAUGACAAACCUUAUACAUAAUAUUUUAGAUAAACGUUUUUUCCUAAAUAGAAAAUAAAGCUCAGGGUAAAUCACUUUAACUGUUCCUCAGUUUAUAGCGAUCCACUCCUAUUUCUAUUCAGAAACUUUGCAUGAUUGAACUCUGGAAACCGAUGGUAAUAUGGAGGUCAACGGCGUACCAGAUGGCAGUCAACAUCUAAUGUGGCAGCCGAUUGUUGUCGUGCCACUACCUACCACAUUACCAACAGUGUAGGAAAAUCAAUGACACAUGUACAAUAUGGGCGAUUAAACCCGACCAAGGUCUAUAAUACAAGGAAAAACCACUGAUUCCCAAAUUUAGUGCUCUGAUGCUUCUACCCCAAGUGGAUCAGCUAUGAUUUUUAUCUGCAGGUUCCGAAGAUAACAGUCAUUGUGGGCGGAAGCUUUGGAGCUGGGAACUACGGAAUGUGCGGGCGUGCUUAUAGUCCAAAUUUCCUCUUCCUCUGGCCCACAGCCAGAAUUUCAGUGAUGGGAGGCAAUCAGGUGACUGCUCAACUUUGUCUCUCUCCUGGGUAAAAAUCUACUCUUUUGGUUCUUCUUUCCUGAUGGAAAGAUUUCUCGUAGAACUCUUUCUCAGAAAUGCACAAAAUUUGUUGAGAAAGAUAGAAAUCGUUUGGUUGACAGAUGAACCAACUCUACUCAUUGUUGAUUUAUCGUGAUCUAGAGAAGUCUUUUGGUUGAAACAGACGGUUUCAACUGAUUUUGAGUUUGAAAAAUAUUAUGGCUAGAACUGUUGGCAUCAGUGCUCCUAUUGUCGAUUGAUGUUGAUGUUGAAAAAUUCUUUUGAUUGAAAAAGACGGGGUUGGUGCUCUCAUUGUCGAUUAAGUUUGAGUUACAUGACUAAACCCUAAUUUACUCACUUGGGAAAAAUAUUUAUUUCCUGUUUGAAGCCAUACUAGGUUGGAUUCGUGUUGCACAUUCCCUUCCACACUAACACUGUUACAAUCAAAUACCACAUCUCUGAUCAGUAUCUCUCUCUCUCUCUCUCUCUCGCUCUCUCUCUCUCUUUCUGUGGUUUCCAUCCAUCCACAGGCUGCUGGUGUUCUUGCACAAAUAGAGAGGGCCAACAAGAAGAAGCAAGGGAUCGAGGUCUAUCUUCUAUCAAAACCCUCUGACAUCUCAUCUCCUUCUUUCGGAAAUCUUUUUCUGUUUAUGGCAAGCGAAUCCGGAUGUAUAAAUCCUGUUUGAUUCUCUGCAGUGGGCUAAAGAGGAAGAGGAAGAGUUCAGAAAUAGGGUGGUGGAAGCUUAUGAGAGAGAAGGGAGCCCCUACUAUUCUACUGCCAGGCUCUGGGAUGAUGGCAUCAUAGACCCUGCUGACACGAGGAGGGUCCUCGGCUUGUGCUUGUCGGCUGCUUCUUCAGUGCACCCCCAGGAGGAAACUAAGUUUGGUGUUUUCAGAAUGUGA